AUGGAUUCGGCGGAAUCGCCGGGAUCGCCGAAGGGUUUGACGGAGGUUACGGAUGAUUGGAAGAACCGGAGUGAGAUCAACGAUUCAGGAAACCUUCAAAGGGGGUCUGGAUUGAAGAUCAACGAUGAGGUACAAGGAAAGGAACUUGGGUCUGGAAAUGAGAAUGAGAAUCAAACUAGAAAGGGGGAGUCAGUGAGAUUUACGAGAGGCUCAAAGUCGGCAGGGUCGUCAUGGGUUGAUGUUGCUCAGGAGAAGAAGGUUAUGAAGAAGUAUGAUGUGGAAAUCACAGAGAAGGAAGGACAAAAAAGUGUAGAGAUUCCAGAUGAAGUUAUUGAGAAGGUGAAUCAUCUCUGGGAAGAUUAUCUGAUUGGUAAAUUUCUGGAUAAUGCUCCACACAUUGCCAAAGUUCAUGCUACAGUGAACAGGAUAUGGAAUCAAGGAGACAAAAAGAUGUUGAUUGAUGUUCAUGUGGUAGACGAAACUACAAUGAAGUUUAAAGUCACAGAUCCAACAAUGCGAGCAAGGGUUCUAAAAAGAGGAAUGUGGAGUAUUGGUAACAUACCAAUGGUGAUCACAAAAUGGGUUCCAGAUGAAAUGAAGGAGAAGCCUGAGAUAACAGCUAUACUGCUAUGGGUUCAUCUCAAGAAUGUGCCAAUGAAUAUGUAUUCUUGGCAAGGAUUGAGUUUCAUCACAAGUGCAGCAGGAUUCCCGGUUCGUCUACAUCCAGAAACUGCUGCGUGUACAAACUUCAAGUUGGCAAAGGUUUUCGUCAAUGCUGAUCUUACAAAGGAGCUGCCAACCAAGAUAAAUUUUACAAAGAGUGGAGUUUCAUCUUUGGUAGAAUUAAUCUACCCAUGGUUGCCAUUGCGAUGUAAUACAUGUGGAAAAUGGGGGCAUACUGAUAAAGUAUGUAUCAUAAACAAGAAGGAUGGGUCAGAAAAGUCAGUAAAACAAAUAAUAAAAGAGGGAGUUGUAGGGAAAGAUGGAGAAAAGGUUAAAGAUAUGGAAGAAGAAGCAAUGAACAAGUUAGAAGCAGAGGCUAAACAAGAUAUUGAAUCAUCACAAGAGGAGAUUUCGGCUGAUACUGAUAAGGAGGUGAAGAUAUUGACACCAUCUAGAUUCUCAGUUCUUCUUGAAGUAGAUGAGAAAGGAGAUGGGGUAAACCAAGUUGAGUACGAGGAGAUUAUAAGUGUAGAAGAAGAGAUUGUGAUAGAAGAAACAGAGGAGGAACUGAGUAAAGAAGAAAAUAAAGAGGAGGAAGUGGAGGCAAAGAAUGACAUUAUGGAAGAUAUUAAGGGAAGAGAAACAUCAGUAGAGGGAAACAAGAGUGGUAUAGGGCAGAGUGUAGCUGGUAUAGAGCAUUGGCCUGAUCUAACAGCUAACUCUGGGUUUAAUCGGUAUACAAAACAACAAGUGGUGAAGAAUUGGAUUCAGUCUAAGGGAUUACUUUUUGGAGGGUUGUUGGAAACUAGAGUGAGGGAAAACAAGGCUCAAAGGAUCAUGUCAACAAUGUUUCCUGAAUGGUCUUUUAUCAGUAACUACGAGUUCAGCAGGAAAGGGAGGAUUUGGGUUAUGUGGAAUUCACAAGUUCGUAUCACGCCGAUUUUCAAGUCAGGUCAAAUAAUUACGGUUUCAGUUUUGGUGGAAGGAGAAGAAGAGGAGUUUCUGUGUUCGUUCGUCUAUGCUGAGAAUACAAUGGAAGGAAGAAGAGAUUUAUGGGGAGAUAUUAAAUCACAUCAAGAUUCACCACUUUUUAGAAAUAAGCAGUGGAUAAUCAUGGGAGAUUUUAAUGAAAUACUAGAAGGGGGUGAGCAUUCGAUCUAUCAGAAUUCGGGGAUAAUAAAUGCUGGUAUGGGAGAUUUUGAUGAUAUUGUUCAGUACUGCAAUCUAACUGACUUGGGGAGUCAAGGUCCUAAAUUUACCUGGUGUAAUCGAAGGGAGGAAGGAUUGAUCUGCAAGAAGCUAGACAGAGUUUUGGUAAAUGACAAGUGGCUGAAUCAUCGCAUGCAAGCUUAUGGAGUUUUCGAAGUAGGAGGAUGUUCUGAUCAUCUUCGUGGUCGGUUUCAUCUAAAAACAGAGGCAGAGGGUAAGCGGCGUCCUUUUAAAUUCACAAAUGUGGUAGCAGAAAUGCCGGAGUGUCUAAAAAUGAUGGAAGAUUACUGGAGAGAAAAUCAACCAUUGUUCCAAUCUACAUCUGCCCUAUUUAGAUUUUCUAAAUAUCUUAAAGCUCUGAAGCCGCUGAUAAGGAACCUGAGUAAAGAGAAGCUGGGACAAUUAUCUUUGAGAGUUAAGGAAGCAUAUAAGGAUUUGUGUGAGAAGCAGGAGAGGUUGUUUAGUAAUCCAACUCAGAAUAAUAUACAGGAGGAGCUAAGAGCGGCGGAAAGAUGGAACAGAAUUUCUAGCAUUGAAGAGAAUGUUUUAAAACAAAGAUCCGAGAUGCACUGGUUGCAGUUGGGGGAUAGGAAUAGUAAAGUCUUCCACAAUGCGGCAAAGAUGAGAGUGAUGAAGAAUAUGAUCAGAGAGAUCAAAUGGAAGACAUGA